AUGGCGCAGCUAAUCGCGGCUGUUGCUGAAAUUUUGAGGUCCUUCCAAGACACACGCCGGCCAACUGACGGAAUGCCUUCAUUACCCAGUUUGCCGCUGUGUACCAGCGAGGCCUACGAUGCCUUUGUUAAUUGGCUUAGCGCUUAUGAUGCCUUUACAAGGGAGACGGUACGUAGAUUCUUAGACCUAUAUGCGUAUCUUUUGUAUGGAUAACAGGUAAAACGUCUAGCCACCGUUAAUGGCCGAAACGAGAAAGACUUUUCCAGGGAUCUUCUCUACUCGGUCACCCUCAAUGCCUCAAUUACCGCUGGGGUGGGUUAAGUUAAAAGCGGUAUUUAACGGCAGCCCCCUUUAUGGCCUUCAGAAUAGAAUGUCAUUAAUUUAAGUUUACAUGUCCAGAUGUUAUUCGUGAACACCGGCCCUCUCUUAUUGCACGAGAGAGUUCGUUCGCAGGAGUGCAAUUAAGUGUUUCCGUGGGACGUGAGACAAAUGUGUUGGCAUAGCCGAACGUCAGGACACUACCACGAUGGUAAGGUAUUGCCUUGAGUCGUCCUAACCUACUUGCAGUUCCCGUCUGUAUUACCCCGGCCUCACCUUACCUGACAAUAUCUUUCUCCGAAGACAUUGUAACUACGCCUUCGUUGAUAUCUUUAAAACCUGUGUAUACCCACACAUUUCUACGUUAUAUUGGUUGGCAUAGAAAAGUAUAAUACAAAAGCGCCUUGAUUUAGCAGUACGAUUUUUUCUGUUUAAUUUACAUUAUCGUACCAACUGCUUUCUUGCUUGCAGGGGUCGCCUACAGAUAUCGAAAGCCAUGCUCAACGUGUACUGUGGCAAGGUAUGAUUCAUAGUAUAUGCUAUUUUGACAUUUUGUUUGAUAAAUUCUCUCUAACCAUAAGAUGACGUCCAAAUGUAUAGUAUGGUAGUAACUUUAGGGUACUAGGCAAUGCCCUUGAUGACCCUAUUGAAAACGCUACAUGCAAUAUUAAUGUUAAAUACGCAUCUUACUACAAUGGUGUAUAUAACAUGUUCGUAUGUGGAAGAAGUUUUCCAGUUCGGAAGUGCGAAAUUCACAGCACAAUAAGUGAAAUUAUAUACAGUCAGCACCAAAUGUAGUCGUUUUGUGGUCUGCGGAAAAAAAUGUCAUCAAAAUGCGUUUCAGAGGGAUUUAAAUCCGGAAAUAAAGUUUAUAGCUGGUGCGGAUAGUCCUGCACUGAGAGUCGACUUUUAUCAUAGAUCAACCGAUGUGACUGUCUUUUGAAGACAGACAUUGUGUCAGAUGUCAUUAUUUCGUUUGGGAGUGAGUUGCGCGCUCGAAAAACUGGCUGACCGAAUGAAAACUUCCGAUGGUCUGGUUAGUUCAGGACUUCGAAGUGCCGCAUUGAAUCCUGAUGUGGCAGGGAUUGUGGGAAGGGAGAAAUCGGCAGCGUAAAGGGGGGCUGGGCAAAAACGGCGAAAAUAUGGCGUCCCCCUGCGCAUUUUUUCGGUGAAGAGCAACACUGGGGAUUUGCCCCGCAAGAGCCCUUUCAUAACUCUCUUCAGUCCUGCCACAGCCCUGCCAUAGGUCCGGAAAACGGGAGCUUGGCUCAGAACCCUCCCAUAUUACCAGUGAAGUUCUUCAAGACACAAUCCUAGACCUCAUUUUAUUUUCCAUAUAUUCUCUCAUAUUAACUGCUUCUCAUUCAUAUCAGUCUCAGUUGAAACUUUUUACAUGCGCGCAUAUAAAAACUUCCGCGAACGACCUUAAACUCGUAUAUGCAUAUGACAAACCUACAGUAUCCGAUAUUCAGAGAUUAAUGAAAAACAACUUUGAAAAACUUCGCGAAUGGACUAGUCAAUGGCAAAUGCCCCUUUCAACGGCAAAAUGGCACCCCUCAUUUUCGGUCCACAAAACUCUCUCCAUAAGAUCCGAGGAUAAUGAAACAGAGGAGGGCCGGUCAGUAAAAGGUUUAACUCUCAGCUUUCCCAAUACCCCUGACUUAUCUCCCCACGUCCAACAAAUAUCAUCGAAAGCCUGUCGCCGGUGUGGAUUCAUAUGCACAAGUUUCAGCCUAAAUGCACUAAGAAUACAACUUUUCAAAAUGUACGUUUUAACCCCCCUAGAUUACUGCUCAAUUUUAUUUGGCAUAAUGCCCUCAGAUGCCCGUAAGAAAUAAGAAGGCAUUCCAAGAUGUUUUAUUAAAUCUUUGUCCAGAUGUGAAGGUACCCAGGAUUCAUACUUAGAACUAUAUCAUAAAUGCGGUCUUAGACCGGUCUGGAUCAGAUGACUAAGCCACACUCUAAAUUUUUUAUUGAUGAUCACACACUUGGAUGUACUGGAAAGGACUUUACUAACUAAGAGUACCUAAAUUCGAAAAGUCCUAUCGAUCUUAUUUCUACCCCAUACGAUAUUGAUAAUUGAUAUUUUUUAUUUAAUGCCAGUUUACAGGCAUUAUCAAGGGAAGCGUUAAACACAAAUCCGACCAGCAGUGAAAAAAACUCCCGAGUUAAAGGAAUAAAAAUAUAUUUGAUGGAGGUUUUUAUGGUUUGGAGGGUUCAGGAGAAAAAACUACUGGCGGCAGACAUUCAACCGUAAAGAAGGGGGGAGGGGGUUGCAUGGUAUCGGAGAUUAUCAGACGUCAAUUCCUUUCAUUAAGUUGGGGAUAGUCAAAGCAGAGGCGUAGAGGAAUAGCUGUCGCUGUUGGCCAACGAAACUGUGUGUGGUGAGACCGGCCAUACUGUUCAGAGACCACAAACGCCAUCGCUACGGUAGAGUCGAUCAGUGGAUUCAGAACCCAAAAUACGUGGGAGUUUUUCUGAAUGCAAAAGUCAAGUAAUAGUUCUCAUAAAUAAAGGAUAAUAUUGCACCGAAAGCCUGUCACAGUUAGAAUUUCACUGUGACAAGAAAGCCCCCAUUUGGCGCGUGAGAUCAGAGGGAGAGAAGUUCACCGACGGUGGUGGCCCUCGGGGGGAGAGAGUGGAUUUUGGCUGCGUCAUCCAAAUGUCCGUCCAACUCGAGGGAGGGGAGAUAAAGACAGUAAAGAACAGAAAAUGGACAGUAAGGAACCAUUUUAGGUUACGGGAUGUGACUUAACACCAUUAUAAGGUGUAACGUGUUCUUAGCCGUAGAACUAUCCACCGAGUGGUCGGGAACAUAAGCUCUGACAAAAGGUUAUCCGUCGGACAUUCUGUCAAGAACCUUCGAACUAUUUGGAAGGUAUUAAGAAGUCCAAAUGGCAUACGUAGAAAGCCGAAAAGACCAAAGGAAAUGGUUACGAUAGUCUUCCAAACGCCCUCGGCAGGGGUAGGGAUCUGGUGGGACGUUUGGAUUCAGGAGAAGACAUACUUACCGAAGAGGGUGCUGUAAAAUAUCUAAAGAUGUAGAACGGUGUAGCGGUCAGGGCUAGUGACUGUGUUCAAGACCCUGUUGACAGAAUAACGAAAACAGACACCAGUGUUGGUCUUUGAAACCUUGUAGAGGGGCGAUAACACUCGACCAAUGUGCCUGAUAUCAGCUUUUGAGGCAGUCAGAGUUGCAGAUGCGAGCCGAAAAUGCCAAGAAAUCAUGGAAGAAUCAGUAGUCUUAUUGGCAAAUGUGAAUCCUUGCUACUGAUCACUGGUAUGCUAUCUACUAGAUACCUAUUAUCAACAUCGCUUUACUGACAAUUUCGGAUAUAAAUACCGACGUUAGGCAAUCAUGCUCUCACUCUGCCAGUCUAAAGAGAGGCCCAGUCAGUCACUUAAUUAAAUGUCUUGCUUGCGGAACUGUAGACUCAUGUUCUGUCGACUCUGUGAAGAAUAUUUUGAGCGUAGCACGGGCUAAGUUGGUCGAACUUAUCUCAUUGCGGAAAAGGCCACGGAUAUGCUGCUUUGUUUUGCGGGUUCAAAUUCAAAACUCUUAGGCGACAGCAUAGCGGUGAGCAGAUUAGAGAUUUACCGCUCCCGGUGCUUUCAAUAGAACGAACCAGUGCAGCUCAUCUUAUCAGCCAAAGUAUACGAGUUGCAAUCUGCGUUUCAGGCAAUACAAAAGGAUUCGAUAGCUUUUAAUACAUGCAGGCUUCUUUGUCCAUGAUCGACGCGUCGUUCGUAUUCGACUCAAUAUUCGCCUGUCUUCCUGUCUUUUGAUAUUUCGGUCAUCCAUCUCUGCCAAAAAACGUCCUCUCAAAACAAGCUGAGAAAUAAUCUUUAAAGUGUAAUUUACCCUCGUCUUCGUUAAUCACGAUAUUGCAAUAGCUUCCUAUUGCAUUGCGGCUCACAGAAAAUCGCUAUCAGGGGCUCAAUGAGGUAUCUGACUCAGUUAAAUGUGGGUUUACACGAAGAUCGAUUUAAAGUGCCUCCAAGUCAGUAUCCUGCCAGCGAAGUUGACAAGCUAACUGCGAAGGCUUAGAAUUGCAUAUGAUGUUGAACGUCGUUCGGGAAACAGCUUGACUUUGUAUCUAGUAAUUAAGCCAUUUGUCAGCCUAAACCGCGCGUUCUAAAUUACUUUAAUUUUGCCGACGCGGUGAGCACUCGAAUCCACGUUUGGUCAGCCAAUGGGCAAAAAAUAUACACUCGGAAAAUGCCGAUUCGACCCUCAUUAACAAACUAUUUUCUAUUUUCUGCGACAUGGCUUGCCGGAAAUACUUAAGUUGCCCUAAACUUAACGCGACGGACCACCGACCAUCAAUCAUAAAGAACGCUCAACACUUUUGAAACCGAUCACAAAUAAAUUGAAAAUGAAAUACUGACAUACUGUGAUGGAUGCUGAGAACUCGCCAACUGAGUGUUAAGAUGAGAAGUUGGCGUUGAUCUCGCCACAGGCAAAAUAGCGUUAUUUCUUAGGCAUUUCAAAAUUAAACCCCAGAACACGAUGCAAAAACAUAAAAAAAUCAAUCAGCCAGACAACAGGAAUAUCAAGACACCGUAAACGUCGUCGGACGUCAUGAUAAACAAAAAAUAAAAUUAACAGUCGUAUGAGCAAACUCCUGACCCGACCAAACUGCAGGCGAGCAAGACGAAAACAGACAGACAUGAAGUGAAAUCUUGCAUUUCCCUAAGUCCGGCAACUCUUUAACCUAGAGAGUCCGCGUUCACACGAAUGAACAAGCGUAUGUAAACCCUCAAGAAAAUCCGCGAACAGUAGUCGUAUAGACUCACCUAUAUCACAAAAGAACGCUAGCGGCAUCCAUUAUGUAUGUCUUUUACGCUAUAAUGCAACAGAUCAUAAGAGGCAGGAAAGUAAAGGAGUAAAGGCGUUCAUCAAAAAUGUGCGCAACUUGGCAACAGACCUGGGCGUCACAAGCCGGACAACAGGCUGGCCCAAACGGGCGGAUUUGGAGAAUAGGUGGUUCUAGCUGAAAGAGUCGAAGCGACGUUUUAAAAUCAACCGCUAAAUUCCCCGCUUGUGAGCGAUGUGAAAACAAUAACAAAGGUAGUGCCAAAGUUGUAGCAGUUUGCAUCUCCUUGCCCUCAAGGCAUGGACACGGGCUUGUAUCACCUGUCAACGGAGUAAGAUCCAGCGUCACAACAAGGCCCCCACUGGCAGCUUCCCCGGCCCUGGUUCAAGGUUCAGGCACGUUCACCUGGACAUUGUAGGCCCCCUGCCUCUGUCCAAUGGCUACUCCUAUCUCCUCACCUGUGUACGUUUCACUCAGUGGCCUGAAGCUAUUCCCCUGCCUGACAUUGCUGCUCCAAAGGUGGUCAGGGUUUUUUUCAGUCGUUGGUUUGCUAUCUUUGGUGCACCCUCCACUAUCACGACUGGCCAUGGUGCCCAAUUUGAAUGUAACCUCUUCCAUUCUCUUCUCUCUUUUUUAGGCUGUACUCGCAUCCGCACUACAGCCUAUCAUCCGACAGCCAAUGGGGUGGAUGAGCGGUUUAACCGUCAGCUGAAGGCCUCCCUACGCGCCGCAGACGAUCCGGAGGAGAACUGGACAGACGACCUCCCCCUAGUCAUGUUGGGCAUUCGCUCCUCCCUCCAGUCGGACCUUGACUGUUCCGCUGCUGAACCCGUGUUCGGUGCCACCGUCCGGCUUCCCGGUCAAAUGAUCUCGCCAGUCCCGCGAUUUGCCGUUGAGGAUCCUACCAACCUCCUGCAUCGCCUCCAUCAAUUCCUGCGGACACUUUCCCCGGUUUCACCCAGGCCAUCCGUCUCCAAAUCUUACCUCGAGAAAGACUUGGCGACAUGCUCUCACGUCUACCUCCGAUGUCAUCGAGUCCGCCAGCCCCUGGAACCACCCUACGACGGCCCCUUCCGAGUUAUCUCUCGUGGGACGAAGAACUUCCGCAUCCAACGUGGAACUCGCGAGGAGGUCGUGAGCGUGGACCGUCUCAAAGCUGCCGUCCCGGACACUCCUCUGGAUGAGCCCUGUGGUUCCCUCCCACCUGCUCCAUCUCCCCCACCCUCUAUCCCUCCGUCCUGUAUAUUUCCUCUGCCCCAUGUCAACGACCCCCAACUGCAACUACCCCUUCAUCAACCGCAAACACUGUAA